CAUCAAUUCCCUUCCCUCCCGACCUCCUCCAACCGCCCCGCCAUGUCUCGCCGCGCCGCCAUGGCAUCAUCCGCCGCCCCGCGCGCGCGCCUUUCGCCGCCGGCGCCAGCUGUUGCCCCCCCGCGGAAGAGACGCCGGUCGCCGCCAGUCCCAGGAAGCACAUCUUCGUGGCGCGCGUCCACAGAGAACGCCGCGCCCCGCGACCAACGCAGCCGCUGGCAAGCCCCGGAGUGUGCCCCUGGUCGCGUCUGGCGGCAGUUCCGCCCGCCACAGCCUGCCUUGCCCUCCUCGCGGCGGUGGGUCUCAUCGGAGGACGCCUCUACCUCCUCUUCCGGAGACACCUGUACAAUCAUGUCAUACAACAUCUUGGCUGAUUACAAUGCAAGGAACCAUCCUGACCUUUAUCGGGAUGUCCCUUGGGAUGCGAUGAGGUGGGAUUCAAGGAGGCGGCUUAUUAUCCGUGAAAUUAGGCACUGGGACCCUGACCUAGUGUGUCUUCAAGAGGUGGAUAGAUUUCAGGACAUUGCUGAAGGAAUGAAGAGCAGGGGGUAUGAAGGUAUAUUUCAGAGGCGAACUGGAGAUACUAGAGAUGGAUGUGCCAUGUUUUGGAAGUCAAAACGGUUACAUCUGCUCGAGGAAGAUAGUAUUGACUUUAGUGAAUUCAAUCUCCGAAAUAAUGUUGCUCAAAUAUGUGUUUUUGAGCUUAAUGGAGCACACAAAUUAGUUCUCGGGAAUAUUCAUGUUUUGUUUAAUCCAAAGAGGGGUGAUGUAAAAUUAGGCCAGAUUCGCUUGCUACUUGAGAAGGCAAAUGCUCUUUCUGAAAAAUGGGAUAAAAUUCCUAUUGUGCUUGCUGGUGAUUUCAACAGCACACCUGAUAGUGCUAUCUACAAGUUCUUGACGACAAUGAAGCUGAACAUUUCUUUGCAUGAUAGAAGACAGUUAUCUGGACUUGAUAGCUCUGAAUUUGAUCUAUACGAGCUUUGCAGUUCACUGAAAUACCAAUGGAGUGAUGAAGAAGUGAGAAAUGCGACUGGGUAUUCAAAUGUUAUGGUCGCUGAACAUCCAUUGAAGCUCAGUAGUUCAUAUGCUAAUUUAAAGGGAAAUUCAAACAAUAGGGGUCUUCAUGGCGAACCUCUAGCAACCUCCUUUCACAAGAAAUUUCUUGGCACGGUGGAUUAUCUGUGGUACACUCAUGGACUUGAAUGCUCCAAGGUUUUGGACACGUUCCCUAUAGGUGUUUUGAGGAGAACAAGGGGUCUUCCAACCAGAGAAAUCGGCAGUGAUCAUUUGCCCAUUAUUGCUGAAUUCGCCUUCACAGAAUCACUUGAAGAUGAUUUUGAGGAACAAGAUGAGUCCGAGCAAGAUGACGAGCCUGAGCAAGAAGUGAGCACAGCGCAACAUGUAUAUCUCUCCUCAGAUGGCGAGUCCCGUUGAAGUGACCAAGAGAUCCAGUUGGUCAAAUAGGAUUACUGGAGAAAUGGGAGCAUGGUGCGCGAGAAACUACACUGCGUCUGCCAAGAUCCUUAAACAGAAGUUCUCCUUCAGCACAGAACAAAUUUCUCCGAUACCUUUGUCGAUGUAGUUUCUGUAGGGGAGGCAAAUUCUGCUCCCCAUUGUCCCAAGCGGAGCAGAAUCAGGUAUGUGACGAGAAGAACCAUAUAGUCAGCAAUUUAGCUGCUGGAUUUAUUCCGCAUCAGAUGUGUGUGUGUCAACGAUACUGUUGACCAGUAUGUUCCAACAUGAUAAUUUUAUGCAUGCUGUACCGAUAGAGGUUAACUGGCACCUUCGUUUGUACACCUCUACUCUCUCCGUCCUAAAAUACUAGUCAUCUUGGAAUUCAAAAUUUGUCCCAAAAAACAAGUCACCCUAUCCUAUUUAGAAAGUGCAUGUGCAUGAAAGAAUCAAUUAGUGUCAAAUAUGAAUAAUAUAUAGGGGCAAACAUGGUCAUUUUACCUUGUUAAUUUAUCUUAGAAUUCCUAGAAUAACUAGUUUUAUGGGACGGAUGGAGUACUUACAGACUUACAGUACAAGCUGUACUUCUGGUUCUGCACUUGUAUGGGUAUGUGGCUAGGAUGGUACUAGCAUGGAAAGCGAAGUGCCGAAUGGCUGUCAUCAGAACAAGUGCCCAAAGUUUACAAAAGCCAAGCAUAAACAGCGCGCCAGGUGGGGGCCUGCUCAAAAUCAGUCCCGGGAAUGAGAGGCCAUCCACAUGGAUUUUUAAGAUAGGGGCCCGGCCAAUCAGAGCCCAGCAUCCGGCCACGUGUGCCCUCACCACACAGCGCGAGAGGGCAGCAGGCGUACGUGCACAAUAACCGUUCCACUUUGGUCGCAUCGCACGCCACAGCAACGAGAGAGCGAGCGAGCGGAAAAAAGGAGAGGCCGAGAACGAAGCCGAGCUAGCUGGUGCUCCGGCGUGAUGGCGGCCACGGCGUACUCCGUGGCGCUCCUCGGCGGCGCGCGCCUCCCCGCCGCCCCGCGCUCCGCCCUCCUCCCGCGCCGCAGCGCCUGCCAGCUCCGCCUCCAGCAAGAUGCGCCGAGGCUCUCCCUGCUCCGCGUGAAGGCCGCCUCCGAGGACACCUCCUCGGCCUCCGCCGACGAGCUCAUCGAGGACCUCAAAGCCAAGGUACGACGACGCGUGCUACCUGUCCCUUGCGAAAGGUAUCCAUGGCCGUGAGGCAAUGUGACGUGGCUUCGACACACACACAUGUAUCAUGUAUGCAGUGGGACGCCGUUGAGGACAAGCCCACCGUGCUCUUGUACGGCGGCGGCGCCAUCGUCGCCCUCUGGCUGACCUCCGUGGUCGUCGGCGCCAUCAACGCCGUGCCGCUGCUGCCCAAGAUCAUGGAGCUCGUUGGCCUCGGCUACACCGGCUGGUUCGUCUACCGCUACCUCCUCUUCAAGGAAAGUCGGAAAGACUUGGCUAGCGACAUUGAGACCUUGAAGAAGAAGAUCACCGGAACAGAAUAAACACACGCUCUUGGAGAGUUUUGAGUGGUUCUUUCAUCUUGGGGGGAAAAUAUGUAAUGGGAGAACCGUCUGCUUGAGUACUACUGCCGAUUUGUGCUAUAUAUCUGGAUACAAAGGAAGCUUUGUUAUGUUGUGCAGUAACAUUGUAGUUUGAAUAUAUCGCACUACCAGUUUGUUUAA